UGGGCGGGGCCGGCGCCGCCAAAGGCACGGGGGCGUUUUCGUGCGGGGUUUGCGGAACGGUCCGUUGCGGUGGAUGCGUGAUCUUGGUCCCGCGGCUAAUAAUCGUCCCCCCCUCGCUGGGGCCGGAGCGCGCGGCGCGGAGGAGCGGCGGUGAUCAGGGUGAUGUGCCAUCAGCCACUGGGGGGCAUCUGUCCUCUCUGCAACCCGUUCAUCCUCUGAAGCUUAUGGGAUAGGAGUGUGUGCCCCUUCCCAACACUGCAGCACCACUGGAGUCAUUUGUGCCAAAGCUGAGUUGUGCUGAGGGAACAGAGAUGGGCAGCCCGGGCAGCGAAGUGGGUCUAGUCGGGCCGGUGGAGCCAGCACUUGAAGAUCUGUGCUCCGAGUGUGGCCAGAUCCACCGCAACAGGGAGAACCACCUUUACAACUACCGCCUGGAGGUGGACGACGACCUGGUGUGCCACAUCUGCCUGCAGCCGCUGGUGCAGCCACUGGAUACGCCAUGUGGACACACCUUCUGCGCCCGCUGCCUGCGCAGCUUCCUCCAGGAGAGGGACUUCUGUCCUCUGGACAGGACACGGCUGCAGCUCCAGGCGUGCCGCAGAUCCAGCAUACUGGUUCACAAGCUACUGGACAAGCUGUCUGUGUCCUGCCCUCUGACCCCAGUCUGCUCCCUCAGCAUGCCACGCUGUGACCUGGAGGCACACCUCAAGCACAGCCAAUCAUUUUUGGCAGACUGGCGAAGGGUGUUGGCGACACGGGCAGCGAUUCAGAGGUGUCCCGGGACGCGGUGUCAGCAGACCAGCGUGGACGGCCCGAGAUGCGAGAGCGGGGACGAGCGAGCGAUGGUGACCAGCCCCCCCAGGUCGCCGUGCUCCCCGCAGACCGACCUGAGAGACCGCACGCCCUCGCCACCCUCUGGACCUAAUAACGCCUGCAGCAAUGGGCCCGUGUGGACGGACGAUGCCGGCCUCGACAACCCUGCCUUCGAGGAGAGCACAGAGGAAGACAGUGUGGUCGGGUUGGAGUGCGUGGUCCCCAGGGUGAAGCGGCCCCUCAGUAAUCCCUGCAUCCACCUCCUUCGCUCCGUCAGCUCCACUUCCUCUGGCUGGGACUGCCCCGAGUCCCCGCCUCUCUCCGCUGAAGAGGGCUGCGUGAAGUUGCCCUCACUUCCUGAAGGAGAGAUAACUGCCAUAGAAGUCCACCGGGCCAACCCGUACGUCGAGCUGGGCAUCAGCGUCGUCGGAGGAAACGAAACGCCGCUCAUCAACAUCGUGAUUCAGGAGGUGUACAGAGACGGGGUCAUCGCACGAGACGGGAGGCUGCUGGCCGGGGAUCAGAUUCUACAGGUGAACAAUGUGGACAUCAGUAACGUGCCGCACAGUUUUGCUCGUUCGACACUGGCUCGCCCCUGCACCACCCUGCAGCUGACUGUGCUCCGGGAGCGUCGCUGUGCCUCCCGGGCGCCUCCCUCCUCAUCCUCCUCCACUCCAGCUGUGCCCCACGCGCCCUGCUCCACCCCAGAGGGCGCGCCGUCCAGCCCUGCCACGCUAAGAAUCACCCUGAACAAGCGGGACUCGACAGAGCAGCUCGGAAUCAAGCUGGUGCGGCGGACGGAUGAGUCAGGGGUGUUUGUUUUGGACCUGUUGGACGGAGGCCUGGCAGCGAAGGAUGGCCGACUGCGGAGUAAUGACCGCGUUUUGGCAGUCAACGAGCAGGACCUACGCCACGGCACCCCAGAGCAGGCCGCACAGAUUAUACAGGCCAGUGGAGAGCGAGUCCACCUGCUUAUCGGCCGACCCAACAAACCAACUCCACCCCCACCGCCAAAAUCAAGCUCCACCAGAGACCUUUACUGCCUUGAUCACUUCCUGCCUAACCACAGCUCCACCCCGAGUCCUGUGCCCACGCACCUGUCUCGCACCAGCACCCACAGAGACCUCUCCCAGUGUGUGACCUGUAAGGAGAAACACAUCACUGUGAAGAAGGAACCUCUCGAGUCUCUGGGCAUGACUGUCGCAGGAGGGAGGGGCAGUAAGAGCGGGGAGCUGCCGAUCUUUGUGACCAGCGUCCAACCACACGGCUGCUUGUCGAGGGAUGGACGAAUCAAACGAGGUGACGUCCUGCUCAGUAUCAACGGGCAGGACUUAACGUAUCUGAGUCACAGCGAGGCAGUGGGCACCUUGAAGGCCAGCGCCGCCUCGCCCUCAGUCCAGCUGCGGGUGCUGGAGGUCAGCAUGCUGGAAGAACAUGAGCGAGACGAGCUGCUGCCUCACUCUCAUGACAGUGACUUUGACGCCAACUGGUCCCCGUCGUGGGUCAUGUGGCUGGGCCUGCCCAGCUACCUGCACAGUAGUCAUGAGAUCGUCCUGCGGAGGAGUCACCCUGGCAGCUGGGGCUUCAGCAUUGUUGGCGGGUACGAGGAGACUCACGGCAACCAGGCGUUCUUUAUCAAGACCAUAGUCCUCGGCACGCCUGCGUACUACGACGGGCGCCUCAAAUGCGGCGAUAUGAUUGUGGCAGUCAAUGGCCUUUCGACAGCAGGAAUGAGCCACUCUGCGCUGGUGCCCAUGCUGAAGGAGCAGCGCAGCCGGGUGGCGCUUACCGUGGUCUCCUGGCCCGGCAGCCUGGUAUAGCUGGGCCAGAUCAUAAGCAGGCUGCGCACCACGCAAAUUCCACCCCAGAAUGUUCUAUAUUGGGAACGACCUUGGCCAAAGUGAACUGGUACACGCUACUGUAUAUCGCUCCAUACCGGGCUUAAUCCAGGACCAAAAGCAUCCAGAACUGUAGUAGACCCAGCAGGACGAAGCCUGUCCUGACCAGGUGGGAACUGAUCCAGAUCGUGCCACGUCACGCGACAGACUGCACUCACGCACACACUGCUGUGUUCAUAUGGUCAUGUUGUCUUCACUCCCGCGGGGAGCACGGUACUUCAACUGUUAACAGGCGAUCUGUGCUGUAUUCAUCUCACCGGGCAGUUGUAGAAUCCAGGGCUGUAUUCAGGUGGAUGCAUCGUUGCAGGUAGAGAUAGAAUUUAAGAAAAAUUAAAUAGGUAGCCUGUGAUCCUCUGUCAUCGAGGAUAAUGACCUAUAAUCACGUUAAUCAAGAUGUUCUGCAACACCAGCGCUGUAUCCAGCUGAAUAAGCCUCAGGCCUUAUUAGAAAACCUGCCUCACCCUGGGGGGGGGGGCGGCUCAACUACCCUUAGGCCUCAUCACCAUGGCAACCAGCUGCCCCAUCAGCUGGAGUUUUAUACAUGUGUGAAUGUGAGUUUGUUAAUAAACAUUUCCUUUCAAGGAUUUAUUGUUGCUCUUCCAUCAGUGUGAAUAGAAGGCAGAUGUGUGGUUGAUAAGAGCAGGAGGCUGUUUACUACUAACGUUCACUCAGUCACUUAGAGACAAGUAUAGGACGUACUUUAGUAUAGUGCUGUAUUAACAAGGCUUUAUUUUUAUAUUUGCAUAAAUAAUAAAGUAAUCAACUGAAAUUUGUUGCAACAUUAA